GCUGGAGGCCAACUACAUACUAAGCAAUGCCACAGAGAAAAGCCUGGUCCUUCUGGAUGAGCUUGGAAGAGGAACGUCGACUUCAGACGGAAUGGGAAUCUGCUGGGCAAUGUCGGAAGUACUAAUCACGAAGCGGGCAUUCACCAUCCUUGCAACCCACUUCCUACCACUCACCGGGCUCCAGGAUCUCUACUUCAAUGUUGCCAACUACACCUUCGAGGCAAUGGAGGUUUCUGCAGAGUCCGAAAGCAGUCAGGCGACCCCCAGCGACGACCAGAUGCCAGAAGGUCGCCUGCGAUAUACGCACAAGCUGAAGAAGGGAGUGACAGAAAUCAAGAACUACGGCAUAAGGAUGGCUAUGCUCUCUUCGCUCCCAUCCUCUGUCAUUCACAGGGCCAUGCAAUUGGCCGAAGAGAUUGACCAGCGAGUUUCUUUUCAGCCACCAGCUACCACCAAUGAGGGAAUUCAUCAGAAUUAUGACAGACGUUGCUACCAACUGGUUCAUCGAUUGGAGCAGCUAGUAUCACACGAACAGCUGAGCAGCGCAGAAUUGUUGCAGCACUGCACAAGGCUUAAGGAACAGUUUUUGACCGUAACUGAAAGCUCAGCUGAAGAAAGCUAA